AUGCGCAGGAGUGACCUGCUGGCGUUGAUCAAGGACGCACCGCAUCGAUUGAUACCUCGCUGUGUGAUCACUCAAAGCUCAGGGAAGCAGCGCAUCAUCGACAGUGCCGACCAGGGAGGACAAACUAUGUACUCUGCUGACUUCAACAAGUUGGUUCUUUGUUCGCCCCUGCGGCCAGCACAGCGCAUACAGGCAACCUUGGCCACCAUGACGGUGACACAACAGCAAGAGGCAGCUCAGACAGACGCCUGGGAGACAGGUGGCUCACCCAUGCGAGAGAGCGAUACACUUGGCUGUAUGGUGAUGUUUUACCACCAUGUGUGGCAAGAACCGGCGUUUCAAGUUUAUGCAGGUCUUUUUUUGGUCUCCCUCUAG